AUGGAAAUUGAAUUAGACUUUUUUCAAAUACCACGUCCAAUAUCAUCUACGAUUGAUAAAAUAGCGAUUUCAAAAGUAAAUGAAUUAGUAAACACUUUUAAAGAUUUAAUAAAAGAAGUAGCGGAGUAUUAUAUGAGGAAGAAUUCUUUCAGGGGGUUCGAGGCUGAAAUUGAUAUUUGUUUUCUUGAUAAUGGACAAGCGACCGUAAAGGCCGGAUUGGAUAAUACUUUAACAGAUGCAUUUGAAUCUUCAAAGCAUUAUGCUUAUAAUAUAAUGUCAGUUUAUAAAAAUGAAAUUAAGAAAUGUCUAGAAGCAGAAUAUCCAGAAUUGACAUGGACGGAUGAUCAUAAGGUUGGUUCCGUUCAAUAUUACAAAAUCAAGCUAACUAUUAGAUGGAAUUUAGACUAUGAUAAAAUCCUCAGUAGUUCUUGUAUGUCCUAAUUUUUAUAGAUUAAUUAAUUUAUUUCAAUUAGUUAUAAUAAUUUUGUUGAUAUUAAAAAAAAAGUCUGUGUUUAAUGUAUAAUGAUGUACUUUUUAGAAACACAAAAAUUUCUUUUACUGUAUUGAUGUUGCUUUUAUCAUAUAAUUAAUUUAAUGGAU